AUGGAGAACGGGGAAAGUUUGGAUGCUCUGCAGGCUGAGUUUGACCGGGACCAACAAGAGCUACUCGAACUUGUGGAGGAAACCCACUGCUCUUUGGAGCAGAAGUUGCGCGUCUCCUUCGCGCGGCUGCGCACCCUCUCAAGGCAUCACGCAGUCGCCAGCGGGGUCACCCCGAGCUUGUCAGUCGUGUCUGAUGCCUGCGCUCCGCUUUGCAGUGGCCGGGGCCAGGCCACUUUGCAGCCAAAGGCCCCUGAAGUCGAUCCUUUUCCCGCUCUGAGAGAUGAUGGUGUGCCAGUGUCCGUGAGAGUGGAGGAAGCCCUUGGGUUAGAGAACGUGGAAAGGUUACCAUCGGAUAGUGAGUGGACGCCAUCACCGGGCACCACGAGGCCGGCGGCGCUGCAGCCUUCGGGCUCGGCGGGGAACCUCCCCUCUCCGACAGCCAGGAUGGAUUUCCUCCGACUCACCGAUGGAACCACCAUGAGUGGCAUCUCAACGAUGCGCGAGCUCGUGCAGAGAUAUAUUGACUAUGUUGCUGGGGUCCUGGUUCUGCUAAACACCAUCCUGAUGUUGGUGGAGCUUGAGCUGGAAGGGAGAGCGACGGGCGCUGAAAUCGGCUUGUCGUCUGAUACAGUGAAUUUCCAUGACCUAGAGCCCGUCUUCAGACAACUGGACACGUUCUUCGUCUAUGUCUACACCUUGGAGCUGUUGAUCCGGAUAUGGGGCGCAUGGCCCACGUUUCACCGAUCCAUUGCGAACUGGUUCGACGUGCUGCUGGUGGCCUCCGGUCUUGUGGAUGUUUACGUCAUCGUUCCACUCGCGCAUAGUGGGAGUGGUGGCUUGAGAAACAUCGCCAUGCUGCGCUUGUUCCGGGCAGCCAAGUCCCUGAGAUCCAUGCGCAUGGUCAGAACCUUUCGGCUUUUCCAGGGCUUGCGCCUGCUCGUGCAAGCUUGCACGUCCUUUCUGCCUUCUCUUGGCUGGUCCAUGGUUCUGCUUGGUGUCUUCAUGUUGAUGGGGGCACUGAUCAUGGGAAAUCUACUUCAAGACUCCAUCAAGGAUGAUGUGAUACAGCUUGAAGACAGGCAAUGGCUAUGGUUGCACUAUGGGACGUCCUGGCAGUCGGCGUAUACCCUUUACGAGAUAACUUUUGCUGGGAACUGGCCUACGCGGGCGCGACCUGUGCUUGAGAAGGUGAGCGCGUAUUUUGCGAUCUUCUAUGUCACCUACAUAACGGUCAUUGUGUUUGCCGUGAUAAGAGUGAUCAGCGCAAUUUUUCUCAAGGAUACCCUGGAUGCUGCACACAGUGAUGCUGAGAACAUGGUUGCCGAAAACCUUGCCAAAAAGGCCGAGUAUGUCAAGAAGCUCGAGUCCUUCUUCAAAGCCAUCGACGAGUGCGGAGACGGGAUGAUUACGGAAGAGAGGCUCACAAAAAUCUUGGACAAUCCGAAGGUCGCAGCUUACUUUGCUACCUUGGAUGUCGAUGUGCACGAAAGUGCUGCUUUGUUCCACUUGCUCGACGACGGUGAUGGCCAGGUGACGUUGGCGGAGUUCAUUGACGGCAUAUGCCGUUGCAAGGGUCCGGCCAGAGCAAUCGAUCAGGUCGCCAUGCAUUCAGACAUCAAGCAGCUCGACAAGAAGCUGAGCAAGCUCUCGCGCGUCCUGCGCGACGCUAAGUUAAUCGGCGGCCGGGGGGGCUCCAUGAGUAAGGCGCGCCAUCCGACCAGCCGUGCGCAUGAUCUGAUGAUCUUCAGGCUGAAGUCCUUGGAGGGCGAUAACCCUGGCAGCUUCUCAAGGAAGGUCUCAGCCCAUUGA